AAAGCUGCACCACUUGGUCGUCAUCUCUUCCGCCUUCCACUCAUCAUCUAUCUACCUGCACUCAGCACUGGCUAGAGUAUCUUCUCUUCUCCUGGAUUCAUUGGAUCCAUUUCCCCCCUCCCCUUCCUCUCCCCACGCACCCCAGUAGCUCGCAAGCCAUGGCCGCCGUCACGGUCGCGGCCGUCUCCCUGCCGUCCUGCUCCUCACCCUCUGCCAAGGCCUCGCCGUCCCCUUGUACCGCACACUUCCUCUCCUACCACCGCCCGAGGACCGCGCGGGCCGUCAUCCGGGCGCAGGCGUCCGCCACCGACGUCGCCGCGCCCGCCAAGCCCAAGAAGAUCUCCAAGAAGCAGGACGAGGGCGUCGUCACCAACAAGUACAGGCCCAAGGAGCCCUACGUCGGCAAGUGCCUCCUCAACACCAAGAUCACCGGUGACGACGCGCCAGGGGAGACAUGGCACAUGGUCUUCAGCACCGAAGACGAGAUCCCGUACAGAGAGGGCCAGUCCAUCGGUGUAAUCGCCGACGGCGUUGACAAGAACGACAAGCCGCACAAGCUCAGGCUCUACUCCAUUGCCAGCAGUGCUCUCGGAGACUUUGGCGACUCCAAGACAGUUUCACUCUGUGUCAAGAGGCUUGUUUACACCAACGAUCAGGGAGAGGUUGUCAAAGGAGUCUGCUCAAACUUCUUAUGCGACCUGAAGCCAGGUGCUGACGUCCAGAUAACAGGACCAGUUGGUAAGGAAAUGCUCAUGCCCAAAGACCCCAAUGCUACUAUUAUAAUGCUUGCGACGGGUACCGGUAUUGCUCCAUUCCGCUCAUUCUUGUGGAAGAUGUUCUUUGAGAAGCACGACGACUACAAGUUCAAUGGUUUGGCAUGGCUCUUCUUGGGAGUUCCGACAGGUAGUUCAUUGCUCUACAAGGAUGAGUUUGAGAAGAUGAAGGCGAAAGCGCCGGAGAACUUCCGGGUUGACUACGCUGUCAGCAGAGAGCAGACCAACGCUCAAGGAGAGAAGAUGUACAUCCAGACCAGGAUGGCCGAGUACAAGGAAGAGUUGUGGGAGCUUCUCAAGAAGGACAACACCUACGUCUACAUGUGUGGGUUGAAAGGCAUGGAGAAGGGUAUUGAUGACAUUAUGGUCUCAUUGGCUGCAAAAGACGGAAUUGACUGGAUGGACUACAAGAAGCAACUGAAGAAGGGAGAGCAAUGGAAUGUGGAAGUCUACUAACUCUUGCAUUUUACGUCUCAAAGAUCUUUCUUUUCUGUGUACCUGUGGGCACGCCUGCGCGUGUGAUCAGCUGUACGUAUGUAAUGUAAAAUGUAGAUAGUGAGUAUGUUCACUGUUUUACCAUUGUUGUUUAUUUUGAGUUCCAUAUAUACUCUUUGUAAGAUACUA